AUGGAAACAGUGACUUUUGGAGGAGACAAUCCUCAACCACGUUUUGGACAUACAAUUUGUAUGAUAGCUCCUAACAAAAUUGCUCUUUUCGGAGGUAGAAUAUUGUAUAGAGGAAGGUGCUGUUGGGGACACUGGAAGAUAUACUAUAACAGGAGAUGUUUAUAUAGGUGAUGUUACAUAGAGAAAAUGGAAGAGGAUUGAAGCAAGUGGAAGUGUUCCAACAAAUAGAGCAGCACAUUAAGCAUUGGCUAUUGAAUUGAAUUAAAUGAUUAUAUUUGGAGGAGCAGUAGGAGGAGGUGGUUUAGCAGAUGAUAAUUUAUUUGUUUUUGAAUUGCGUGAUGAUACUGGUACAUGGGUUACAGUACCAGUGAUUGGAACCACCCCUGGUAGAAGGUAUGGUCAUACUAUGGUACUCAUAAAACCAUAUUUAAUUGUUUUUGGAGGAAAUACAGGUUAAGAACCAGUUAAUGAUGUUUGGAGUUUUAAUUUAGAAAAAUCACCAUAUUCAUGGUCUAAAUUGGAAUGCCCAUCUGAAUUACCAAGUGUAAGAGUUUAUCAUUCAGCUGCUCUAUGUAAUACAGGAUCAGCAAAUGGAAUGAUGGUAACAUUUGGAGGUAGAACAAGUGAUUAAAGUGCUUUGAAUGAUGCUUGGGGUUUAAGAAGACAUAGAGAUGGAAGAUGGGAUUGGGUAAGAGCUCCUUAUAAAAACUAAAAUGAAAUACCAGUUUAAAGAUAUCAGCAUUCAACUUUGUUUUUGGGAACCUUGAUGUUAGUAAUAGGAGGUAGAUCAAAUUAAGUUGGAGAUACUCUUCCAUUUGAAAUAUAUGAUACUGAAACAUCUGACUGGUAUAAAUUCCAAUCAAUCCAGAGAUUCAGACAUUCAUCAUGGUUAGUUGAUUAGUUUCUAUAUCUACAUGGUGGAUUUGAUUCCGAUUAACCAAAUAUUCCAACAGAAUGCAUCUUAAGAUUAGAUCUCAAUAAACGAUUUGCAUAAACUCCUUAAUUAUUUAGAUAAUUGAAUACAGUGAGGAAUGAUAAUACUUUCAUGGAAUCAUUCAAUCCUAGAGUUCCUCCUAAUUCAAGUAACAACAAUACAUAAGAUUAAUUUAGAAGAACAAAUUAAUAAAAUCAAUAGAGAAGUUUUAUUUAAAUAAUAAUUUUUAGAUUAAUAAACAUAAUAAUAAAUUCGUGUGUCAUCUGCCAAUAACAAAAAUAUUAGAUUAGCUAAUUAAGCUUUGGUGGCUAUGGUUUAUGGUCCAGAAGAAGACAUUACUAAUUAAGUUAAGAAAGUUCCUAUUGAUAAAUUAUAAGAUGAACAUAGAAAAUUAGGUGCAGGUUUCUAAGAUCCAAAUUCAUAAAAUAAAUCUUAAUUUGUUGAAUAAAUGCUUGCUCCUUUUAUAUAAAAUUUAUUAUUGCCUAAAGAUUACUAAUCUAUUCCUCCAAAUUCAAAUCUAAUGACAGGUAUUAGAAAAGACUCUAUUAUCAAAUUAUGUGAUGAAGUUUAGAGAAUUCUUGAAAAAGAACCUAUAGUAUUAAGAUUAAGAAGACCAAUAAAAAUAUAUGGAAAUUUAAAUGGUUAAUAUUUAGAUCUAAUGAGAUUCUUUGAUCAUUUUAAAGCUCCAUAUGAUAAUUUAUAUAAUGGUGAUAUAGAUUCUUAAGAUUAUUUAUUUUUGGGAGAUUAUGUUGAUAGAGGCACAAGAUCUCUUGAAAUAAUUCUAUUGUUAUUUACACUUAAAGUAAAAUAUGGAGAUUAGAUUCAUUUAUUAAGAGGUCAUCAUGAAGAUCCUAAAAUCAAUAAGAUCUUUGGAUUUGCUGAUGAAUGUUAUUUAAAAUAUGCUGAAGAUAUUAAUGAUCCAAAUAGUAUUUAUCAAAGAAUCAACAGAGUUUUUUAAUAUAUGCCAUUGGCUGCAGUUAUUGAAGAUAAAAUAUUUUGUGUUCAUGGAGGAAUUGGAUAAACUAUAAGAACAAUUGAUGAAAUUGAACUUAUUUAAAAACCUCUCCAAAUUAUACAUGAUCCUGUUACUGUAAAGUAUUUGCAAUAUUAAUUUAGUAUCAGUAAAAGAUUGCUUUAGAAUUAUUAUGGUCUGAUCCAUGUUUAAAUGAAGAUGAAUAAGAAAAUUAACCAAAUGUUGAAAGAGAUCUUUUUUAAAAUAAAUCUAUAAUUAGAUUUGGAAAUAAUAGAAUCAAUAAAUUUCUUUAAGAAAAUAAUUUAAAUAUGAUAAUAAGAUCUCAUGAACCUACAAAUGAAGGAUUUGAAAAAUUAAACAAUAGUGUGAUCACAAUAUUUUCAUGUAGUGAUUAUGGUAAUUGUGGUAAUAAAGGAGGUAUUUGAAUAUUUAUAAUAAUAUAUUAGCUAUUCUCUCUAUUACAAAAAGAGGAGAUAUAAUACCAAAAGUCAUACCUACAGCAAAUAUUAUUAAUGAAGCUAGAUGGUUGAAUUUAGAGGAACCUGCUUAAAGAACUUAAGGUUUUGUCAAAUAUGUAGAUAUCAAUAAUGAUGAAUUACAAUAGAGGAGAAGACCAUUUACUCCAUCAAGAUCAAAAAAAAUUGGAUCACAAAAAUAAUUCAAAUGA